GUCACGCGGCCCGGUGUUGACACUUCCGGGUGGGACCAAAGUACGACGGUGGGACAGGGGCUGGCAGCCAUGGCGUACAACGGCCUGACAGUGCCUUUGAUCGUGAUGAGUGUAUUCUGGAGCUUCGUCGGCCUCCUGGUCCCCUGGUUCAUCCCUAAGGGUCCCAACCGGGGAGUUAUCAUCACCAUGUUGGUGACCUGUUCGGUUUGCUGCUAUCUCUUCUGGCUGAUUGCAAUUCUGGCCCAGCUCAACCCUCUCUUCGGACCGCAGCUGAAGAACGACACCAUCUGGUAUCUCAAGCACCACUGGCCUUGAGGAGGGAGACCCGCAGCCCAGGGCUCAGCCACCGAGGUCGCGGAGAGAACUCCUCUAGACGCAAAGCCACCUCCACACCCAGACUGCCUUCCUUGACCCGCCUGUGUUGGCCACCAGCUGCCUUAAACACUCGCCCCACAGUUGAAUACCUUAUUCUACAGCGCAGUAUUUUUUCUUGUACCUUUUUUACACUUUGAUGAAUUACGUGCCUCCGUGAUCUCAGCUGUGCCGACGACAUAAAAUGUGCAUGCACUCUCCUGAGAUAGAAGGUGCUAGCCUUCUGAGGAACACGCCCUCGCCCCUCGGAACCUGUGGAUUUGAAGGCGGCUCCUGCCCGCUCACGACGUGGGAACCCGCGCCGUGUUUAAGACUGUCUCGGGGCAGUGAGGUCGCAGGGCAGCAGCCAGCAGGAGCGCAUGCUCCAGGGGGGCUGUGUCCCAACAGACCGCACCAAAGUCUAUUUUCAGGAUAAAUUUCUUCUGCCAUCUUUUGGAAUAAAUUAUUUUCCUGCUUUCUAUGGAAA